GAAUAUCUCUCGGGUCCUUGGCUCUCCUGAUGAGCAAGAAACUCCGUCAGAGUCCUUCCACAGCGUUCAUGGUCAACCUUCUUGUCUGCCUGUUACCCGUGUGUGCCUUCGGGAUGCCUAUGUAUGGAGUCGGGUGUCUGCAAGCUCAACAGUACGGCGAUGUUACAUUCUCAAAGGGAGUGUGCUUGACAUUUUUUACACUAGGCCUCAUACUAAGUCAAGUGCGCAUACACAGCAUCUGCGCACUCGCCUUCAACAGAAUGCUGGCUGUCGUGUACCCAAUGUUGUACAAGCGAGUGAUGCAACAAAGGAAGGUGAUGCACUACUUGAUCAUACUAUGGGUCUACUCCACCCUACUCUGGCUCCCUCUUACCUUCGGGACUGAGAAUAUCGACAACCUUGGCAUCAAUUGGAGCAAUUUUCCUUUGUCCAAUGACAUGACCAAGGAAGAUUAA